AUGAGUGCAAACAACGCUGCAUAUCUCGUCGCUGAAAAGGCACCUCUCGAGGUGAAGCCAGCACCAUACCCAGAGCCCAAAGAUGACGAGAUCAUCAUCGAGAACCAUGCAGUAGCUCUCAAUCCUGUCGAUUCAGCUCAGCAGAAACUUGGACCCUCCAUCUUCCCAUGGCUCAAGUUCCCAGCUAUUCUCGGCUGUGAUGUUGCGGGACGCAUCACAGCUAUUGGCUCUAGAAUCACCAAGUACAAGGUCGGCGACCGUGUGAUUGGCUAUAACAUGGGUACCUUUCAGGAGUAUGUUCCUGUGAAAGAGUAUCUUUGUGCCAAACUCCCAGAUAACAUUGGGUUUGCAGAGGCAGCUGUGCUUCCGCUUUGUUUGAGUGUCGCUGUCAAGACUUUGUUCCAUCCUGACUACCUUGCGCUUGACCUCCCUACUGCAGAGACUAAAGCCAAUGGAAAAGUCAUUCUCGUCUGGGGUGGAUCUACGAGUGUUGGCUGUAACAUCAUUCAACUUGCAAAAGCAGCUGGUUUCGAGGUCAUAACCACCGCCUCCCCCAAGAACUUUGACUACCUCAAGAAGCUCGGGGCCAGCCAGACCUUUGACUACAACUCCCCAACCAUCAAACAAGAUCUCCUCGCCGAAGUUAAAGGAAAGGUCGUGGCCGGAGCUAUAGCCAAUGGCGGCUUGAACGUCUCAGUCUAUCCUUCAAUCGUGGAAGCUUGUGCAGCUGUAGCCCUGAGCUCACCAGACAACUGCAAGCUUGUCCCGCUUACAAUGGUACCGCGAUUCCCAGUCCCUGAUGGCGUUGAGACCAAGUUUGUCGUUCCUCUGGCGACUGAUAAAGAUCUUGCCUCGUGGAUCUUUAAUGAUUACAUCUCGGAGGCGUUGGAAAGUGGAAGUUUUGUGCCGGCACCUGAGGCAGAGAUUGUUGGCCAUGGGCUUGGGAGCCUUCAGUCUGCUUUGGACACUCUUGAUUCUGGUGUAUCGGCCAAGAAGAUUGUUGUUACUAUGAAAUGA